UAAAGGGGUUCAGCGAUGUCUCUUUCUCAGGGACGGUUGACACUCAGCGAUGUGUUCGUAGAAUUCUCUCAGGAGGAGUGGGAAUGCCUGGCCCCAGCUCAGCGGGCCUUUUACAGGGAGGUGAUGUUGGAGAGCUACCAGAACUUGCUAUUCUUGGGAAUUUCUGUUCCUGAUCUGUAUAUUGUCUCCAUUUUGGAGCAAGGGAAAGCGCCCUGGACUCUGGAGAGCGAGUUGAAAAUAGCACAAAAACCAAAUUGGUGGGAAUGUAUCGAAGGUGUGAACACAGAUAUCUCUCCAUAUGUAAUCAAGAAAUUAAAAUCAACAAAACCUAGUAAUACAGUAGGAGCAUUCCAAACAGUGGUGUUUGGAAGACGUGAAAAUGAAAGACAUGUAAUCAAAGAUUUUUACUUCCGGGAAAUCCAGGAAGAUAUCCAUGAUUUUGCUUGUCAGCAGAGAAAUAAUGAAAGUAAUCCCAAAGUAACACCUGUAACUCCUAAAAAAUAUCUCACUGAGAGAAGAGGAGAACAUGGUAGCGAGCAUGCUGGAAAUGAGCCUAUUGAAAACAGGCCUGGACUGAGGUUUCAGUUACAUCGGGCUGAUAGUGAGAUACUUCAGACUGAAGGGAACAUUGAUGAAUGUAAUCCAGUCGAGAAGCCUUUAAACAAUAAUUCCUCCAUCUGUCCACUUCAAAGAGUUUUUCCUAGUAUCCAAUCCACCAUUUGUACUGUUUAUAGGAAUGAUUCUAGGCAUCCCUCAAUACUGACAAAAGACCUGAAAGCAUGCAGGAAAAAUUCUUACAAAUGUAGUGAGUGUGGGAAAGACUUUAGUACACAUUCAAGCCUAACUGUACAUCAGAGAAUUCAUACUGGAGAGAAACCUUACAAAUGUAAUGAGUGUGGUAAAGACUUUAGAGCACGUUCAAGCCUAACUGUACAUCAGAGAAUUCAUACUGGAGAGAAACCUUACAAAUGUACUGACUGUGGCAAAGCCUAUAGGGUACGUGCAAGGCUAACUAGUCAUUAUGUAAUUCAUAGUGGAGAGAAACAUUACAAAUGUAAUGAGUGUGGCAAAUAUUAUAGUGCACAUUCAAGCCUAACUAUACAUCAGAGAAUCCAUACUGGAGAGAAGCCUUACAAAUGUACUGAAUGUGGCAAAGCCUUUAGUUUGCGAAAAAGACUAACUAUACAUCAGAGAAUCCAUACUGGAGAGAAACCUUACAAAUGUAAUGAGUGUGGCAAAGCCUUUAUGAUGCCUUCAAUCCUCAGUUACCAUCAGUCAGUACAUACUGGAAUGAAACCUUACAAAUGCGGUGAGUGUGGCAAAGCCUUCAGUUUACGAAAAAGACUAACUAUACAUCAGAGAAUCCAUACUGGAGAGAAACCUUACAAAUGUAAUGAGUGUGGCAAAGCCUUUAGGGUGCGUUCAAGCCUCAGUUGCCAUCAGUUGGUUCAUACUGGAAAGAAACCCUACAAAUGUAAUGAGUGUGGGAAAGCCUUUAUAGUGCAUUCAAACCUAAGAGUACAUCAGAGAUUGCAUACUGGAGAGAAACCUUACAAAUGUAAUGAGUGCGGCAAAGACUUUAGUGUGCGUGCAAGCCUAAAUUGUCAUCAGAUAAUUCAUACUGGAGAGAAACCUUACAAAUGUAAUGAGUGUGGCAAAUCCUUUAUGCUACGUUCAAGCCUAACGUCUCAUCAGAGAAUCCAUUCUGGAGAGAAACCUUACAAAUGUAAUGAGUGUGGCAAAGGAUUUAGUGUGCAUUCAAGCCUAAGUAAACAUCAGAGAAUCCAUACUAGAGAGAAACCUUACAAAUGUAAUGAGUGUGGCAAAGCUUUUAUUUUUCAUGCAAGGCUAACUGGACAUCAGAGAUUGCAUACUGGAAAGAAACCAUACAAAUGUAAUGAAUGUGGCAAAGACUUUAGUUCGUAUUCAAGCAUAACUACACAUCGGAGAAUCCAUACUGGUGAGAAACCUUACAAAUGUAAUGAGUGUGGCAAAGACUUUAGUUCUCAUUCAAGCCUAACUAGACAUCAGAGAAUCCAUACUGGAGUGAAACCUUAUAAAUGUAAUGAGUGUGGCAAAUCUUUUAGUGUUUAUGGAAGCCUGACAAGUCAUCAGGUAAUUCAUAGUCAAGAGAAACCAUACAAAUGUAAUGAGUGUGGCAAAGACUUUAGUGCCCACUCGAGCCUAAGUAAACAUCAAAGAAUCCAUACUGGGGAGAAACCUUACAAAUGUAGCGAGUGUGGCAAAGCCUAUAGUUUGCGUGCAAGCCUAGCUUACCAUCGGUUAACUCAUAGAGAGAAACCGUACAAAUGCAAUGAGUGUGGCAAAGCCUAUAGUGUUCGUGCAAGCCUAACUAGUCAUCAGUUAAUUCAUACUGUGGGGAAACCUUACAAAUGUAAUGAAUGUGGUAAAGAAUUUAGUGCCCAUUCAAGCCUAAGUACACAUCAGAGAAUCCAUACUGGGGAGAAACCUUACAAAUGUAGUGAGUGUGGCAAAGCCUAUAGUUUGCGUGCAAGCCUAGCUUACCAUCAGAUAACUCAUGGAGAGAAACCAUACAAAUGUAAUGAGUGUGGCAAAGCCUAUAUUGUCCGUGCAAGCCUAACUAAACAUCAGAGAAUCCAUACUGGAGAGAAACCUUACCAAUGUAGUGAGGUAACAUCAGAGAAUCCAUACUGGAGAGAAACCUUACCAAUGUAG